AGCAAAACAUGUUCUACACAAUAAGAAUACGGAAAACUUAUAAGCACGCCAAUGUAGUAAAAAUGCAGUGAACAUAAAUGUUGAGAUUGUUGAGAAUAUUCUCACGUUCUUUUUCAGUUAUGCCGUGCCUGUGCUUUUCUUAUUUGAUUCGUAUUUUAUCAUUCAACAUCUUACUGUUCAUUUAGUGUGUCAUUUAACAUGAUAAAGUCGUAUUUUGGGUUAUCGCUAUCAGUGAAUAUAUUAUUUAAAAUAUUUUUAUCGUGGUAUCUGAGCUCGAAUUAUUCGUUACUUGAAAAUGGAAUCUGUUAUUUUGAGAUAUGCUCCUUCAUAUUGGAAUAAAAAAUACACCAACAUUUCUAAUGUAAUUCCAAUUAAUAGCGGACCCGAAUAUCAGAAAAUUGCUUCUGAAGUUUACCAAGCUACAAAUUUUAGGGCAUUUGCAAGUAUUUUCAGAAUUCAGAAUAUUUAUGAACUUGGACAAAUGCUAGUCAGAGAACAAUUGAUGAUUACUUUAGCCGAUUCCAACAAGUUUUACAGGGUGAGAAGAUUCACAAAAGUAAAAAAGCACUUUUUACAAAUAGCCUUGGCGUUUAACUUGGAUCACAGACGAUGCGGAUUACCAAUUUUGGAAUUCAAAAAACACCUUCGCGGUAUUCGUCCCGAUGAUGUAAUACUGGCUGUUAUAGUUGUAACCAGCACACCUGAAGCAGAUGUUAUUAUACCUGAGAGUAGCUCGGAAUAUUUUAUCGACUAUAUUAUCAAUGUUUCUUGGAAAAAAUAUUAAUUUAGUUCCAUACUUAUUUUUUAUUACAACAACCCCUAAACAUGAUCUUAGUUGUAUAAAUUCAACUAAUGAUUUAAAGUUUGUUUCCUUACAAUAAUAUUCGGUGUAUUUCUAACUAUGGGGUGAAUUUACACACACGGUCUCUUACUUAUUUAAUUUAUUUACACUAGACACCAUUUAUAAUAACUACUCACUAUUGCUAAUAAUUAACUGUUCACUACAUAUAUAAUUUAUUUAAAUUCACUAGUUACUAUUCACUAAGUCGAUACGUUCACUAUGAAGUUCAAUUAUAUACUGACUUCUCGCUGCUAAACAAGGACGUAUUUAUUCCGGAAAGGAAUUUCUCGAAUAAUUCUUGAAAGUAAACAAACAAAUGAAUAAAAAAUCCUUCAUAGAAAUUUGUUCUAAAAGACAAUAUAAACAAAUCGCCGCUGUGAUGAAAACAUGUAAAACAAACCGUCGCAUUCGCCAAACUUUAGACUCUUCUAUCAUAACCGAACAGGAUCGGCUUCACGAUCCAUGUCGUAAGAAGUGAAAAGUGAAGCCUAUUUACCACAGAUAUUUUUUUAUAAAUACCGAAAAAAGUUGAAAUUUUUUACCUGUAUUUUGAAAUUAGUUGUUAUAAAAAGACAAUUAAAAUCAAGACUAUUUAUCAAGAGAAGCAUACAAAAAGGUCUAAGAAUUAAAAAGUGUUUUGAAACUAAUUGUCUAUAAAAAACGCUUAUAAUAAAGACGAAUUAUCAAGAUAAACAUAUAAAAAGUUAUAACGAAGAAUAAGAAAUUUAUGGAAAAAUUAAUGCACGAAACUAAAGCAAUAAAAAUCUAAGGUUUCUCUAAGUUCUAAAUUUGAAAUUACCGCCGAAAAUUAAAUAUGAUGUUCGAAAAUUCUGAUUAUGGAGUGUAGAGUCUACACUCCAUAAUUCUGAUAAUAAUUUUGUUCUGGACUAGGAUUCACAAUCAGCUGAUUAGUGAUUUGUUUGUUCCAUGAUCAUAGUUUACUCAAAGCCCUAUAGAUGUAGUGGAAGUUUGACAGGAGUCGGCAUUUUGAAAGUAUGACAGGUUAUUUUAAAUAUCAGAAUGCCUUUGAGAAUUUGGUAAUUGAUUUCAUUCUAUCUAUCGAUAUAUUUUAAUAUUUACUUGAUUUUAGUAUGGUGUCAGAUUUCUUUUUUCCAAAUAUGGGUGGAGUCGAAGAACACAUAUACAAUUUAUCUCAAUGUCUUCUCUUGAAGGGGCAUAAAGUAAUUAUAUUAACACAUAGUUAUGAAGAUCGAGUUGGAGUAAGAUAUAUGACCAGCGGUUUGAAAGUGUAUUAUUUACCAAUAAAAGUAUUUUAUAAUCAGUGUAUUCUUCCUUCUAUGGUGAGCAAUGUGGCAUUGAUAAGAUAUAUUUUGUUAAGAGAGAAAAUAGAUAUUAUUCACGGUCAUUCUGCCUUUUCUGCGUUAGCACAUGAGGCUCUAUUAAUAGGAAAUCUUUUAGGUAUGAAGACAGUAUUCACUGAUCACAGUCUGUUUGGUUUUGCGGAUACAAGUGCAGUUAUCACAAACAAAUUCAUACAAAUAACAUUAUCAGACUGUAAUCAUUGCAUAUGUGUUUCACACACUGGUAAGGAAAAUACAGUAUUACGUGCUAAAGUGGAAUCCCAAAGAGUGUCUGUUAUUCCUAAUGCUGUUGAUACAUAUUCUUUUACACCUGAUUCAAAUCAGCGGUCAAAAGAUAAGAUUACUGUUGUUGUUGUAUCAAGGUUGGUUUAUAGAAAAGGGGUAGAUUUAACCGCUCAAAUAAUUGGUGAUUUAUGUGACAAACACAAAGAAGUUUGUUUUCUAAUCGCUGGUGAUGGACCAAAGAGAUGGUUACUUGAAGAAAUCCGUGAAAGAAGGGGUCUUCAAGAUAGAGUUACACUAUUAGGUAGUUUGGAGCAUUCCCAAGUUCGCAAUGUUUUAGUCAAAGGAGAUAUAUUUCUUAAUACUUCACUAACGGAAGCAUAUUGUAUGGCUAUUGUUGAAGCUGCUUCCUGUGGUUUGAAAGUCGUAUCUACAAGAGUAGGUGGGAUUCCUGAAGUUUUGCCAGAUAGUUUAAUUUAUUUAACGGAUGCUACAGUUCCUUCUUUAAUGAAAGGUAUGGAAGAUGCCAUUAUCGAUUUAAAAUUAGGUAACGUAAUGUGUCCAUAUCAGUGUAAUAUUAUGGUUAGAAAAUAUUAUAAUUGGGAGAAUAUAUCGUCAAGAACAGAAAUAGUUUAUGAUAAGGUAAUUCAGGAAACAGAUAAAACCUUAGGAGAACAUUUAAGCAGUUACUUAACUAGUGGUGUUUGGCCAUUUGUCUUGGUUGUGUCUCUGGUCUACUUGAUGUUGAGGUUCUACGAAUACAAAGUACCCAGAUGUAAUAUCGACAUAGCUCCAGAUUAUAAUUAUGGAAUUAAGAAGAAACGUUUAUAGAGCAAAAUCAAAUUAUUUACUUUUUUGAUUCCCCUUUGAAAUGUUUUAUAUAAAAUGGUAUUUUAUACAAAAAGACUUAUUGCUCAUCAAAAAAACAUCCCAAAAGAUGAAAGAAAGCAUUCACGAAGAUAAAAUUAAUGCAGUAUAGUUCUAUCAAAAGUCACUUGAACAGUUUAAAUUAUAUCAACAGUUUUAUAAAAAUGUCGAUGUAACAUAAGGAGCGCCAUUUAAAGGAAGUCACUCAAACAAAUUAUGAAGAGGCAACAAAAAUUCUAAUUAUAUCGGUUUAGCAUAAAUAGCGCUAUCUAACUGAAAACACUAAUUAUUCAAACGCAACAAAAGUUGGUGUACAGUAAUCAGCGCAUUCUAUCGAAAGUGACUUGAACCAAUUAUUUGUAUUGAUAGAGCAGAUGUAGCAUUGACGGUAUGGUAUGAAUAGCGCCACCCAGUGGAACUGAGACGCAAGUGAUAAUCAUCAUAUCAAUCUCAAUAUUUAUAAAUAAACAAAAUAAACUUAUUAUUCUUAACUCAAA